AUGCCUGCCGGGGUCUUUGCGGUGUCCCUCUUUUGCCUUCUCACCUGGUCUUCAGCCUGCUACAUCCAGAACUGCCCCCGAGGAGGAAAGAGGUCCAUGCCCGAUGCAGAAAUCCGACAGUGUAUCCCUUGCGGCCCUGGCAACAGAGGAAAGUGCUUCGGGCCCAACAUCUGUUGUGGAGAAGAGAUGGGCUGCCAUUUUGGGACUUCGGAGACUCUGCGGUGCUUGGAGGAGAACUUUCUCCCUUCUCCCUGCGAGGCUGGUGGGAAGCCCUGCGGUGCAGGCGGGCGAUGCGCGGCCCCUGGCAUUUGCUGCAAUGAUGAGAGCUGCGUGUCCGAUGUUGCCUGCGGAAAUGAGAACGGCGAGAGAGGACGGAUGUCUCCGGAAAGGAAUUUGACCAUGUUGGACAGCUCGGCCGGAGAUCUCCUUCUCCGACUGAUGCACCUGGCAAACAAGCAACAACAAGAAAAACCACAAUUUUAUUAA